GCUCUGCAAUUACUCUUCUCUGCCAUUUUUUUCUCUAUCUGUUCCCCACUCCCUCUCUAUCUUCCUUCAAUGCUCUCUCUUUCUCUCUCUAAAACAACCGUUUCUUUCUUCUUCUUCUGACCUUUUCUUAUUCCCAUAUUAACCUUCUCAAUCCACAAUCUCUCUUCUUCUCUCAACAACUUUACACCACAGAUCUAUACUCACUCUUUGGGCUAGCUGAAUACGUAAGAGAAAAAAAAGCACUCCGAGAUCUUAAACACCGUCAUGAAAUAUGUAAAACCUGAAUCUCUGAAGUGAAGAAAAUCAAACCCUUGAGAAGCUAUGAUAAAAGAGUAGCAACGAUGGUGUGUUUGGAUCAACGUCAUAUUUGAAUCUUCUCACUCUUUGACAGGUUGGUUGAAAAACUAUAAGGCUUCUGAAACCGUAAAGAUCUGAAGAUAGGUAGAAAGACUUAUUACAAUGUUUCAGUCAAACCUUUUGGAAGCUGGUCAGUUCCAUCCAUUAGAGAUGAUGCAAAACACUUCUGAAAGCGAUGUUCCACGAAUCCGUGAAGAUGAAUGUUUCGAGAGUGCCACUAAAUCCUACAGUGAAAACCAUGAAGGUGGUGCUGCUUCUGGUGAAGAACAAGAACCACGUCCCAAAAGAAAACGUUACCACCGCCAUACUCAGCACCAGAUCCAAGAAAUGGAAUCUUUCUUCAAGGAGUGUCCACAUCCGGAUGAUAAACAAAGGAAGGAGCUAAGCAGAGAGUUAGGGUUAGAGCCAUUGCAGGUUAAGUUUUGGUUUCAAAACAAACGAACUCAGAUGAAGACACAACAUGAACGUUCAGAGAAUUCGCAGCUUAGGGCAGAAAAUGAGAAGCUUAGGGCAGAUAAUAUGAGGUAUAGGGAAGCUCUUAGCAAUGCUUCAUGCCCUAAUUGUGGUGGUCCUACAGCUAUAGGUGAAAUGUCAUUUGAUGAACAUCAUUUGAGGCUUGAAAACGCAAGGCUACGAGAAGAGAUUGAUAGGAUUUCGGCAAUUGCAGCGAAAUAUGUAGGAAAACCAGUGGUAAACUAUUCCAACAUUUCACCAUCUCUUCCACCGCGCCCAUUAGAAAUUGGUUUUGGUAACCAACAAGGGAUUGGUACCAUGGACAUAUAUGGUGGUAGUGGAGAUCUUCUAAGGACAUUAAGUGGACCGACCGCAGCAGACAAACCAAUAAUAAUAGAAUUAGCUGUUGCAGCCAUGGAAGAACUAACUGGUAUGGCACAAAUGGUUGAACCUCUUUGGUUAAGUACUACACUUGAUGGAGCUGCCACGGUUCUUAAUGAAGACGAAUAUGUUAGGUCAUUUCCUCGUGGAAUUGGACCGAAACCUAAUGGAUUUAAAUGCGAAGCUUCUAGAGAAACUUGUGUUGUUAUCAUGAAUCAUGUCAACCUUGUUGAGAUUCUCAUGGAUGUGAAUCAAUGGUCGACAGUGUUCGCUGGUAUUGUUUCAAGAGCUAUGACUGUGGAAGUGUUGUCAACUGGGGUGGCAGGGAACUACAAUGGUGCAUUACAAGUGAUGACAGCAGAAUUUCAAGUACCUUCACCUCUCGUGCCAACUCGUGAGAGUUACUUUGUAAGAUAUUGUAAACAACAUACGGAUGGGACAUGGGCAGUUGUGGAUGUUUCUUUGGAUAAUUUGCGCCCCAGUCCUUCAUCCCGAUGCAGAAGAAGGCCUUCUGGUUGCUUAAUACAAGAAAUGCCUAAUGGCUACUCCAAGGUGACAUGGGUUGAGCAUGUAGAAGUGGAUGACAGAGGUGUUCAUAAUCUAUACAAGCAACUUGUUAGCACCGGACACGCAUUUGGCGCAAAACGCUGGGUUGCAACAUUAGAUCGACAAUGUGAAAGGCUCGCUAGCUCCAUGGCAACAAACAUUCCCACAGUAGACGUCGGCGUGAUAACUAACCAAGAAGGGAGGAAGAGUAUGCUGAAACUGGCGGAGAGAAUGGUAAUAAGCUUUUGUGGUGGAGUGAGUGCUUCAACAGCACACACAUGGACAACACUGUCUGGAACAGGAGCAGAUGAUGUGAGAGUGAUGACGCGUAAGAGUGUCGAUGAUCCUGGAAGACCUCCCGGUAUUGUUCUUAGUGCUGCUACUUCUUUUUGGCUUCCGGUUCCACCGAAACAAGUCUUCGAUUUCCUUCGCGACGAGAACUCGAGAAAUGAGUGGGAUAUUCUUUCCAACGGCGGAGCAGUCCAAGAAAUGGCACACAUUGCUAACGGAAGAGAAACCGGAAACUGUGUCUCGCUACUAAGAGUAAAUAGUGCGAAUUCAAGUCAGAGCAACAUGCUGAUACUACAAGAGAGUGUAACAGAUUCAACCGGCUCAUUUGUUAUCUAUGCACCAGUAGAUAUUGUUGCUAUGAAUGUAGUUCUAAACGGAGGAGAUCCAGAUUAUGUAGCACUUCUUCCAUCAGGAUUUGCUAUACUUUCCGAUGGAAAUGGAAGCGAUGAAUCUGGAGCACAAGCUGGGGGUGGAUCGCUUUUGACGGUUGCGUUUCAAAUAUUGGUUGAUUCUGUUCCAACUGCUAAACUUUCACUUGGAUCUGUUGCUACGGUUAAUAGUCUUAUUGCUUGUACUGUUGAGAGAAUCAAAGCUUCUUUAUCUGGUGAAGCUGUUUGAUUUUGCUUCAUGACUAUUGGAGAAGGGUUUUCAGUUACAAGGAUUAAUGAGAAGCAUUGCUUUGAAGGAAAAAAAAAUCAAAGGUGGUGAGGAACUUAAUUAGGCUUAAUUUGCAAAAAUGGGGAGAAGUCAAGAGCGCACCUUGCAAAUCCUUUCUUAAUUAAGAUGAUUAAUUAAGAGGAUUAAUUAAGAGGUUCGGGAAUUGACUUCCCUAAAUAUUAGUAAAUGUUGAGCUAACACUAUCACCUUACUACCUCAUCAAGCUUUCUUUUAGACUAAAUAUUUAGAGUUAGAGCUACUAGUACUCUUUUGCUUAACUUAGGAUUUAGUAUUGAGCUAAACUCUUAAUUUAAUUUUCUAAUUUAAUUCUUAUUAUUUGUGUGUUUUAUAAGAAGGACCAGCAUUGUGUGAGGUUUUUCACCUAAGACACACACAAUUGCUAAAUUUCUUACUAGUAUAACUCAUUCCCUUUUUAGGGUUUUGAAUUGAAUUUGUUAAGUGAAAUUGACAUAUUUUGUCUCUUGAAUUAUUAA